CCACAGCACAACAACUCUGUUGUUUAGUGUCGGGCUCUGAUCACAAAUGGCUUUGAUACUGUAAGGUCUGAAAUAUCGACCACAGCAACUCUAACUGUUCAUGAAACGGUAAUCACUAAUGUUCUGACUGCUCCAAAUACCAUCACUGUGAUGUGGAAUGCUCUACCCCUCACUGAGUACUGUGUGGACAUCAACACGACAACACUCGACUCAACUCAAACAGUUGUUCUCGAUUCUGAGUGUGGACUUGUUAAUGAGUACAUCUUCACGUAUUCCAACCCCAUCAGUGUGUGUGACAGAUUCUCCUUCACCGUGACUCCUACUGAAGGAGAGAUGAGGGGAAGAACCAGUGAACCAGUUACCGGGUUCUUUACAAGGGUAGAAGGUAGCACUAAAGAACCACAUCGUAUUCGUGAAAGUGGGGACAAUAAGUCAGUAGGGUUUAAAGCCAUCAUACCCAGUUGUACAAGGUUCACUUGGUAUCGUGUGGACUCUGACCUAUUGACUCCCUCCAUCAGCGGUUCAAUCACGGACUCUUUGUUUGAUGGCUCACUCAGUUUCUCCCUCCCCACUGACAAGAUGACAGAAUACAGUGUCACACUGACUGAUGAGAAUGGAAUAGACCUCGUGUUUGAGAACAUUAAAAUCAGUACAUUUGACGUUCAAGAAAUCCUGGUGUCUGAAUGCCCUGGUGGUGGUUGUAUUAGUGUUAGCAUUGAGUAUGUUGAAGGUACCCUCUCUCCCGGAGCUCUUGUCUGUGUGAUACGUAUCAUUGAUGGAGAGUUGGAUUUUACUAACAUAAAAGUAAUGACCAUACCUCGUAGCAGGAGUGACAAUUUCACAAUAUUAGCUGUUCCCAGUGGAAACUACAGUGUGAUGACGUUUGAUUUUGAAUGCAAUUCUCUGCCGAGAAUGCCCAUCUCAAUUGCAGCUGACAGCGGGAAUAUAUCUGUUGCGGUGUCCUCGGGAGAUGGAGGACAACCUCCCAGUAGUGAGGGUGUUUCUGUCACAAAAUUGCCAAAUGGAGAUGCACAAGUGACUUGUGCUGAUUCUGAUGUCGUUUGUCUUGUUUUGUUUCAGUCUACCAUCAAUCUCGACAGAAUUUUAGUUGCUCUCAUUGACUCAUUUGCAAGUUCAACGAGCUUCUCUGUCAGUGACACCUUUGCUAAUGGCCAUGUGAUAGUCUACUCUUGGAAUAGCUCACAGUUCAUCUUCGACGGGAAGGUAUCACUCAUUAGGCAACUCAAUCCACCAACAAGUGCACCUUCUACUUUGUCUCCUACCGAUCCCCCACCUGUUACUGGGUCCCAAUUUCCAUUGCCCGGAGUAAUAGCUGGGAUAACUGUGGUGGUGAUUCUGCUAUUGCUUGUAGUCAUUGUUGUUGGUGUAAUUUGUCUAAAAAAAAGAAAAAAGAUGCAAAAUGAAGUAACUAUUCAAGCUCCCGAGUCAGGCGGACAAGUGCAUUGGUGCUCAACGUUUCCAGGAAUUGAGCAGACCAACGAAGCUUAUGCUCCAGUACUCAAGAAGAACAUUGCUUAUGAGCAAACAAAGAAACCGCGGAGACAGAGGAUUGAUAACUCACAAGCCCCGGUAACAAUAGAGGGAGAGUAUGAGAGCAUUGAGCCAGUUCAUGAGUACGAGGAUGUGCUCCCGAAAACUAAUUAAUUAUAUCUCAACAUUUUUGACUUUACAAAACUAAAUUUAGAUGGGCAUGGCCUGUCCUCCAUUAUUAAACUGCCUUAUUCAUUAUUUUGUGGUCACAAUCUUUUGUAGACAAUUGCAAACCAGGUACCGUAUAGCGGGAAAUUUUUUUGGCUCCAGA